AUGUUCUGUUAUGCUAUCAUAGGCCAGUCAAAGAAGGGCUAUGAGCAUCUUUUCCUGUUGCAUAAACAUCAGGUAAGAAGAGCACAACUUAAGUCCAAAGGAGAGUCAGAAUUCACAAAAUUUCUCCAAAGCCUGAGCCUCUACUUCAUGGUAAAGGAAAAAGUUAAUCCUCCUCACCGGUCCUCUGCUCAAUGGGAAAAUGAAACAAAUCCUCUUGGUGACCAAGGAUCUGUAGUUGAUUUUCAGACAACAGAUUGGGAAAUGAAGAGCAUUCGAGGCUCGGAAGCACUCCGAAAGUGUUCUCUGGGCGUCACACUUGGGAACAGCCUCUCCUGGGGUCUCACUAAACCUCAUCUAAGCAGCUGGGGAGGAAAUCGACAAAGGUAUUUGAAAGGCAAGGGGCGGGCCCUCAACAGCGGUCUCGAGCGGCGGGGUGGGAUGCGCUCGUGCCCAAGUGACAGCGGAAAACGCAAGGAGGAAAGUCUGAAUCUCACAGUAGGGACCCGGAGACGCCAACCUUGGCCGGACGCCGACUACGCUGAGCGCAACUCACGCUCCCAAGGCCAAGCUCCGCGAGCCGAGGACGCGCCUGGAGCCCAGUUUCUAGGCGCUCUGUUCCGCGGCUGCGUUAAAAGCCUCAACGCACGCCGGGACCCCGCGAGAAGGCACCUGCGCAGGCAGGUGGCCACUGCAGCCGCAAUAGCCACUAUGAAUAAGGCGGCUGGCGGGGACGAGCUUGCAGAACUCUUCAGUCUGAUCCCGGACCUUCUGCAGGCGGCCAACACCAGCGGCAACGCGUCUCUGCAGCUCCAGGACUUGCUGUGGGAGCUGGGGCUGGAGUUGCCGGACGGCGAGGCGCCAGGGCAUCCCCCGGGCGGCGGCGGGGCAGAGACCGCGGACACCGAGGCUCGGGUGCGGAUUCUCAUCAGCGUGGUGUACUGGGUAGUCUGCGCCUUGGGGCUGACGGGCAACCUGCUGGUGCUCUACCUGAUGAAGAGUAAGCAGGGCUGGCGCAAGUCCUCCAUCAACCUCUUCGUCACCAACCUGGCGCUGACAGACUUUCAGUUUGUGCUCACCCUGCCCUUCUGGGCGGUGGAAAAUGCCCUCGACUUCAAAUGGCCCUUUGGCAAGGCCAUGUGUAAGAUCGUAUCCGUAGUGACGUCCAUGAACAUGUACGCCAGCGUCUUCUUCCUCACCUCCAUGAGCGUGGCGCGCUACCACUCGGUGGCCUCGGCUCUUAAGAGUCACCGGGCCCAAGGGCACCGCCGGGGUGACUGCUGCGGCCGAAGCCUGGGGGACAACUGCUGCUUCUCAGCCAAAGUUCUGUGUGUGUUGAUCUGGGCCGCGGCCACGCUGGCCUCGCUGCCCAACGCCAUCUUCUCCACCACCAUCAAGGUGAUGGGCGAGGAGCUGUGCUUGGUGCGCUUCCCAGACAAGUUGCUGGGGCGCGACAGGCAGUUCUGGCUGGGCCUUUACCACUUGCAGAAGGUGCUGCUGGGCUUCCUGCUGCCAUUGGGCGUCAUCAGCCUGUGCUAUCUGCUGCUGGUGCGCUUCAUCUCCCACCAUUGCGUGGCUGGGACCGAAGGAAGUGCCUCAGCAGCUGGGGGAGGCCUGGCCGGAGCCAGCGCCCGAAGACGCUCCAAGGUCACCAAAUCAGUGACCAUCGUGGUCCUAUCCUUCUUCCUGUGUUGGCUGCCCAACCAGGCGCUCACCACCUGGAGCAUCCUCAUCAAGUUCAACGUGGUGCCCUUCAGCCAAGAGUACUUCUUGUGCCAGGUAUAUGCAUUCCCCGUGAGCGUGUGCCUGGCGCACUCCAACAGCUGUCUCAACCCCAUCCUCUACUGCCUCGUGCGCCGCGAGUUCCGCAAAGCGCUCAAGAACCUACUGUGGCGCAUCGCAUCGCCUUCUCUCACCAGCAUGCGCCCUUUCACCGCUACCACCAAGCCAGAGCCCGAGGACCAGGGGCUGCAGGCCCUGGCGCCUCUCCACCAGGCCGCGGAGCCGGACCUGCUCUACUACCCGCCGGGCGUGGUGGUCUACAGCGGGGGACGCUACGACCUACUGCCCAGCAGCUCCGCCUACUGACGCAGGCUGAGGCUCAGAGUGCGCAGAAACUGAAACACGACCUUCCCCCAGGUGGAAAAGAGAGCGGAUUAGCGGAUGCUGGAGGGGCCCCCGGAUCAAGAGGUGGAAGGGACGAGGGUGGAGAAAGGCACAAAGAGACAGACUGAGAAGGGGGCCGGGGGACCGUUCUCCGGAGAGGGGAGGUGGAGAGAGGAAGCUGACAAAGGGGCGGAGAUCAGCCUCCUGGGGCCAAGUCACCAGCCUCAUGGAGCCAAGCCAUCAGCCUCUAGCCCCUUUCUCUGCACACACAAUCCCUUCUUCUCACGCUGUCGCUGCAGGGCAGGAUGGGGCGCCCAGAAGCAGAGAAAGGCAUCAGGAAUGUAGAGCAGUUCGAGCGCGAUGAAGUGGGCCUCAGCCAAAUAAAUGGUGAGCAAUUGA